GUCCCCAUUUUCCCAUUUAUCAAGCAUGAGCUCUCAGAAGCAUAACCCAGAUAGCCACCACACUUUCUUAGUUCUUUAAAUAAUACUUUAUAUACAUCAGUUAUUGCUAUAAAAUAAUAAUACUAUUCCAGGGUGAUUUGAUAGUUUUCAAAGGAAGAAAAAAGAGAAAACUUUCUGUUUACAAAACCUGUCCCAUCUGAACAAAUUUUUAAAUAAUUUUUCUAAAUGAGUCAGUACAACAAAUGUAUUCAGUGACUCCUCUUGUCUGAUUCCUAUACCAUUAAUGAUCAAUGUGAUUAAAAGAAAGUCUUGUUGUGGGAAUAGUUCUCAAAUAAGCACCUUGACACUGAUGACAGUGGAAGAGAGCAGAUGUCAUCAGUGGAACGAAGCCAGAAUAAUUCCAGCAAGGCCUCGGUCUCAGGUCCAGUUUGCAUUAUCAAACCACAAGGUGGGCAGGCCAGCAAUCGAGAUUUUAUAGAAGCCUACAUUGCAUUCAGCAGGUUUUUAAAGGGCAAUGGCAUUUUGUUCUGGCUAUUUCUCCAGAAGUGAAGUCAUUCUUGGAAAAUAGGCAGUACAAGGGAUGCUCUAAGUAAAUCAAUCAAUAAAUAUCCAAUAAUUGAUCUUUUACCUUAUUCCACUUCAGUCCACAAUCACUGCCUCAAAAGAACAACAUAUUCUAGAUUUCUUUUAAAUGGAAAAAUGGUUCUUGCUACUUCAAUGUAACAAGGUUGAACACAUACACACACAUACACACGCACAUACACACACAUACACACACACACACACACACACACGAACUGCAAUGAAAUUGAAUCUAAAAAUAGUUGCUUUUCUAUACUCUUUCAUGACUCAUGUAUCCUUUUAUCUACAUACUCCAUCAUUCCACAUCAUCCAAUAUUACCAUCUUGUGGAGUUCUAAAUUUACAAAUAAAACUAGAGUCAUGCCUGCUUUCUAGAUCAUGAGCAGAGAGGAUGAAAAGAUGGUUAUGAUGUGCUAUCUCACAGUAGGAACGUAUACAUUGUAAAUGCUUCCUACACUAGUAGAUGGUUUCUUAGAAGCCUCUUAAUAAAACAAGGGUGAAGGAAAUAUUCAUAAAGGGUUAACCAGGGAUGGAGAACGUUGAGUUGACUUGAUACAUGAAACCCAUACUUCAUCUUCCUGUGCAGGAUCCUUGCGCUCAGACCACAAGAAUCAGCAACAUGGCAGCCACAAAUGUGGCAAUUGGAGUGAUCUUCUUAUCACAAACUGUCACUGGAAUUCUGGGCAAUUCCUAUCUCCUCCACUAUUAUCUGUUGCUUCACUUCAGGGGGUACAGGUUAAGGUCAACAGACUAUAUCCAGCAGCACUUGCUUACAGCAAACAUUUUAAGUCUACUGUGUGACGGAGUGCCCCAGACAAUGGCAGCUUUUGGUUGGAAAGACGUCUUCUGGGAUAUUGGGUGCAAACUACUUUCCUAUCUCCACAGGGUUGGGAGGACAGUGUCCAUCAGCAGCACCUGCUUCUUGAGUGUCUUCCAGGUUAUUACCAUCAGCCCCAUGGGCUCAACAUGGUCAAAGUGUAAAUUGCAAGCUCCCAGGUACAUUGGCUCUUCCACAUAUCUGACCUGGAUCCUGUCCCUUCUUGUAAACAUAGUUUUUCCUGUGCACAUAACUGGAAAAACCAGCAAUACAAAUAUCACAAGUCUAAAAGAGUUUGGAUACUGUUCUGCUAUCCGUCAUGACAAAGCCAGUGACAUCUUCUAUUCAGUAUUACUCACAAGUCCUGACAUGUUUUUUGUGGGCCUGAUGCUUUGGUCCAGCAGCUCCAUGGUUUUCAUCCUCUACAGACACAAGCAGAGAAUGAAGCACAUUCACAGGAGCAAUGUCUCCCUCAGGUCCUCCUCUGAGACCAGAGCCACAAAGACCAUUCUGCUCUUGGUGAGCACCUUUGUAUGUUUUUACACAGUUUCCUGCCUCGUACAUACUCAUUUAGCUCUUGUCUAUCAUCCCACAUGGUUCAUGGUAAAUGCCGCUGCAAUUGUCUCUGGGUGUUUCCCAACUGUGAGCCCGUUUCUGCUGAUGACCCAUGAUUCCUGUGAAUCUUCAUUCUGUUCUCAAUGGGCAAGGAAUAGAAAAUACUAAUCACAUGGUCAACAUGUAAACUAUUUGUUUCUGAACAAUGUUUAGUUGUUAUUCUAUCACCUAUACAUUCUCAGUACAUUGGUGAAACUAUCAUAUCAUAAAGUGAGGGUGAUACAUGUGUGAACCAUGCACAUAAAUUUUGCAUGCUAUAUUAUGUGCGUAUUUGCAUACCUUAUUUUUUGUUAACAAAUAAAUGUCUUUAGUUAAGUUAUUUAUCAAGCUUAAUAAA